AUGCAAUGGCUACCUGCCUUUCCACAUACACCGACCUUCUGCUUUAUGCCCGCCUCUGACAUAAAUAUGGAACGCCUUCCAAUGAAUGAGAACCCCGCCGGUGCCCACCAUGGCAAUGCGCCGCAGGGCUUUCCCCCGCAGAACAACACGCUCGGACCCAUGUCGCAAGGUCCCCCGCAAUUACCGCCGCAGAUGUUCACCACCGCUGCUCAGCUGUUGGAUUUGACAGAUAAGAAGCUAGUUCUAGUCCUUCGAGACGGGCGGAAGUUGAUCGGAGUUCUGAGAAGCUGGGAUCAGUUCGCAAACCUUGUCCUUCAGGAUACCAUUGAACGUCUAUAUGCCGGCAACCUCUACGCCGAUAUCCCGCGCGGUAUAUUUCUCGUUCGGGGUGAAAAUGUCUUGCUUCUGGGUGAAAUCGAUCUCGACAAAGAAGAUGACAUUCCCCCUCAUAUCCAGCGCGCGUCGUUCCAGGAAGUGUUUGAGCUGAAGAAGAAGGAAGACGGUGCUCGAAAAGUUGGCGACAAGAAGCGCCAUGGAAAGCUACAGACGCUGGGCUUUGAGCCGGAGCAUAGCGGAGAGAUACUGUUUUAG